UUUUACAACAACGAUCAACAUAGAUUAAUAUAGCCGAUUCUUUUUUUUAACACAUGCUGCCGCUGGUUUUUCCAUUCUCAUCAAUGAUAUAUUUGGAUCGAUGAAAUUUUUAAUUGAAACGAUGGGAAAAGCAAAAAAAUGGGUAGUUUGCCUCGGUUAUUCGGGACGUGGCUAUUAUGGAAUGCAAACACAACGAAGAGAUAACAAAGUUGUCGACGAUUUGCCAACAAUCGAAAGUGAAUUAUUAAAGGCAUUUCUUCAGACCGAACUUAUCAAUGAAAAUGAAUAUCAUAGUCCUAGUUUAAUGUAUUUUCAGCGUGCUGCUCGUACUGACAAAGGAGUUUCAGCUUUAAAGCAAAUUAUUUCAAUGAAUUCCAGUGCUGAUCUUAAAUUGUAUUUGCCCAAAAUCAAUGAAAAAUUACCGAAUCAAAUUAGGAUUUUUGGUGCCAAACGAUCGACAAAAUAUUUUGAUAGUAAAAAUUUCUGUGAUUGUCGAACAUAUAGCUAUUUAAUGCCUUCGUUCACAAUUGGUCCAAAUCUCGAUGAAUCAUAUCGUGUUUCCAAUGAAAUGAUUGAAAAAUUUAAUUCCAUUUUAAAACAAUACGUUGGCACUCAUAAUUUUCAUAAUUUUACAUCGCAGAAAAAACCAUUGGAUCCAAGUGCAAAACGUUAUAUAAUCAGCUUUGAUUGUUCACAACCUUUUCUAUUGAAAAAAAAUAAUGAUGACGAUGAAAAACAAAUGGAAUUUAUUGUGGCUCGCAUUAAGGGUCAAAGUUUUAUGCUGCAUCAGAUUCGUAAAAUGAUUGGUUUAGCCAUUUCCAUCAUGAGAGGAUUUGUCGAUCAAGAUGUUAUUAAACGUUCAUUUUCCAUAGAUCGAAUAGACAUACCAAUGGCACCGGGUCUUGGUUUGAUGUUGGAAGAAGUACAUUAUGAACAAUAUAAUAAAAAAUAUGGCGGUGAUGGUAUUCAUGAGCCAAUCGUUUGGGAUGAAUUCAAUGAUGAAAUAUAUGAUUUCAAAAAUAAAUUCAUUCAUCCAGAAAUAGUGGCAACCGAAUUGAAUGAAUCAUCAAUGUUACAAUGGUUAAAUACAUUACAUAUUCAUACAUUCGAUAUACGUAAUCAUGAUGGUAAAGUUGCCGUAACGAAUAAAAAGAAACCAAUAUCCGAAAUGAAUGGUGAACAAGUCAAUGAUGAUGAUGAUGAUGAUAAUGGCGAUUCACCAUCAACAUUUUGUUCAACAGGAAACAAAAAAAUCAAAAUUGAAAAUGAAAACCACACGAUAGACAAAUGUAUGUGAAUAUAUUAUAAUAAUGAAUUCAUUUAAAUAAAUUUUUUUUUU